ACUUCUCGACUCAAACCCCUUGCACGCCAUUUCCAGGAAACUAACCGUUCCGUUGCUGUUUUUCAUCAAAGAGAAUCGGAAGUGUUUCUCACGGAACGAAGAUUUAACUUAUACAACAGUCUUAGAUCAAGAGAGCACGCCUGCAAAAUGAGUCACUGCGAGGUGAAUGAGGUUGAAGAGAUAGAAGAAGAUAAUGCUCAUCAGAGCGAGAUGACCAGACCGGCAUCUCCAGAACCCAGCUGUGUGUCAGUGAAGAGUCAUCAGUCCAUAACAGACUUUCCAUCCUCAUUCAGUGAUGAAGCAGUGACCUCUUGCCCCAGCUUGAAUGAAAGUAUCACCCGAAUGAAAAGACCCAACGCAGCAUCUCCAGAACCCAGCUGUGUGUCUGUGAAGAGUCAUCAUUCCAUGCCGCUACCUCAAAGCUUCACUGAUGGAAGACUGACCUCUGACCUCAGUGGGAAAAUACAGUCUAGUCUGAGCUGCACUGAUUCCUACUGUCAGACGCCCAUCAACAAGACAGCAUUAGACCUACAGACACUCACUCUGCACACGGAGAAGCCUGAAGACCUGCAGAGAGUGAAAGACAAACACAAAAGCAUCAUGAAGAACAAGUAUGAGAGUUUAUUUGAGGGAAUGAAAGCACAAGAGAAUCAAACGCUCCUGAAGAGAAUUUACACACAGCUGUACAUCAGAGAGGGAGAGAGUGAAGGAGUGAAUGAAGAACAUGAGGUUUUACACAUGGAGAAACAGCCCAGAAGAACACAAGACUUACAAGACACUCCAAUCUACUGCAAUGACAUCUUCACACCUCAAUCUCAUCAAAGACACAAAAUCAAGAGCGUUCUUACUAAAGGCAUCGCUGGAAUUGGAAAAACAGUCUCUGUGCACAAGUUCAUUCUGGAUUGGGCCGAGGGAACAGCCAAUCAGGACGUAGAUUUCAUGUUCCUGCUUCCGUUUCGAGAGCUGAACUUGAUUGGAGAGCAUCGCUACAGUCUUCACAAACUUCUGCUGGACUUUCAUCCUGAACUUCAAGAUGUGGACUCUCAGAUUUAUGAGGAGUGUAAAGUUGUGUUCAUCUUUGAUGGUCUGGAUGAAAGCAGAAUGACACGGAUGUUUUCAGACCACAGUGAGAAAGUUUCUGAUGUGACGGACGCUUCAUCAGUGGCCGUGUUGAUGUCAAACCUCAUGAAAGGAGAUCUGCUUCCCUCCGCUCUCAUCUGGAUCACCUCCAGACCAGCAGCAGCCAAUCAGAUCCCCUCCAAAUACAUCACGCGUGUGACAGAAAUCCAGGGAUUCGACGACGCUCAGAAGGAGGAAUAUUUCAGGAAGAGAAUCAGCGACGAGCAUCAAGCCAGCAGAAUCAUAUCCCACAUUAGAAGAGCGAGAAGCCUCCACAUCAUGUGUCACAUACCGGUCUUCUGUUGGAUCUCCUCCACUGUGCUUCAGAAGAUCCUGACACAAGAUCACAGUGAAGAAAUCCCCAAAACUCUGAGUGAAAUGUACAUCCACUUCCUGCUGAUCCAGAUGAAGAUGAAGAAUGAGAAGUAUGAUCCAGAGAGAGAUCCAGAGAUCAACAGAGAAGUGAUUGUGAAACUGGCUGAAGUGGCUUUCAAACAGCUGAUGAAGGGCAAUGUGAUGUUCUAUGAGGAGGAUCUGAGAGAGUGUGGGAUAGACAUCACUGACGCCUCGCUGUAUUCUGGCAUCUGUACUGAGAUCUUUAAGGAGGAAUCUGUCAUUCAUCAGAGAAAGAUCUACAGCUUCAUACAUCUCAGUCUUCAGGAGUUCCUCGCUGCGUUCUCCGUGUUUUACUAUUAUGUCAGUGAAACUAUGGAGGGACUGAAGGAUUUUGCUUCAGUAAAGAAAUUGCACAAAGGUGCAGUAGAUAAAGCUCUCGAGAGUGAAACUGGUCAUCUGGAUCUUUUCUUGAGGUUUCUGCUGGGCAUCUCGCUGGAGUCCAAUCAGAGACUCUUACAAGAUCUACUGACACACACGGUGGACACCUCACAAACCAUCAAGAAAACCACACAGUACAUCAAAGAUCAAAUCAAGGGUAAUGAUGGUCUGUCAGCUGAAAGAUCCAUCAAUCUGUUCUUGUGUCUGUUUGAAGUGAAAGAUCAGACUCUGUACAGAGAGAUCGAGGAGUUUGUGAGAUCAGACAAACACUCAGAGAAGAAACUCUCGGCCGCUCACUGUUCAGCAAUAGCCUACAUGCUUCAGAUGUCAGAGGAGGUGAUGGAUGAGUUUGAUCUGAAGAAAUACAACACAACACAGGAGGGCAGAAGAAUACUCAUACCAGCUGUCAACAUCUGCACAAGAGCUCUACUUGCUGACUGUAAUCUCACAGUUGAGACCUGUAAAAUCAUCUCUUCAGCUCUUCAGUCCUCAGAUUCUCCUCUGAGAGAUCUUGAUGUGAGUAACAAUGAUCUUCAGGAUUCAGGAGUGAAGCUGAUCUCUGAUGCUCUCAAAAAAAAAAACUGUCAUCUACAGACACUGAGGUUAUCAGGUUGUAUGGUGACAGAUGAAGGAUGUUGUUAUUUGGCUUCAGCUCUGAGUUCAAACCCGUCACACCUGAGAGAACUCGACCUGAGCUACAAUCACCCACAACACUCAACACUUCAGCUGCUCGCUUAUCAAAGUGAUCCAAACAACACACUCAACAAACUCAAUUUGGAUCAUGGAGGACAUUGUAGGAUCAAACCAGGAUUGAUCAAAUAUGCCUGUGAUGUCACACUGGAUCCAAACACAGCAAACAUUCACAUCAUUCUGUCUGACGGGAACAGAAAGGUGACGUAUGUGAAAGAUGCUCAGCCGUAUCCUGAUCAUCCAGAGAGAUUUAAGGGCUAUGAGCAGGUUCUGUCUGAAGAGAGUUUCACUGGACGCUGUUACUGGGAGGCUGAAUGGAGCGACUGGAGUUUUAUAGGGAUGACAUAUAAAGGAAUCAGCCGGGAUGGAGAUCUCUGUUGCCUUGGUUACAAUGACGUGUCCUGGUCUAUGUACUGUGUUCCUGAACGAUACAGCGCAUGGCACGAUAGUAAAAACAUAGACAUACCUGCUCCUUCACCUCCAUCUAAUCGAGUAGGAGUGUAUGUGGACUGUCCAGCCGGCACUCUGUCCUUCUACAGCGUCUCUGACACACACACACUCACACACUUACACACAUUCAACACAACAUUCACUCAACCUCUACACGCUGGAGUCGCCGUUUUGAACUCCUCUGUGUCUCUGUGUCACAUUGAACAACAACUUGAAACAUCAUAAGCUGGGGAUGGAGUUGAAACGGUAUGAAAAUUUCACAUCAUGAUUAUAGUGAACAAAAGUAUCAUGGUUAUCAGUAUUAUCGUGAUUUUGUCACAAUGUGGAAAUAUCCAAAAAGUACUGAAACCAAGUUUUAUAUUGAUGUGGAUUUUAUGUGUUUUAUGUUUUAUGUUUAUGUGAGCUUUCCUGUAGCUCAGUGGUAAGAGCAUUUUGUUAACAGCGCAAGGUUGUGGGUUUGAUCCCAGGGGAUUGCACAUACCUAUGUAUAAGUGUAUAGGAUAAUGCAAAUUAAAUCGCUUUGGAUAAAAGUGUCUGCCAAAUGCAUAAAUGUAAAUGUGACUUGCUAAAAGCACUUUUAGUUGUCAUAAACAUCAAAUCAAUAACAUUAAUGUUAAUUCUGGCACAGAAUUACUUGAACAGAAUUACUUGAACACAACCUGAAGUAAAUCAGACAUUCAUUUAAACGCAACACAAAUCAGAGUAAUUUAUUAUACGGAAAAGUAAAAAAAAUAUUUACAAAAUGCAGUUAUAAUGCAUAAGCCCCAAACUGCACCCAAACAGAAACUAAGAUAAAAGAAUGCAGCGUCGUCUGCCUCUACAUUUGGCUUUGUAUUUUUGUAAUGAUUGUUUUAAUUAAAAUGAUUUUCAAAGCGUUUCAAUAAACAUGAUCGCUUAGCAACCUUUAAAAGAAGGCUGUAUAUAUUUGCCGCCCCGGGCUGUAGGAGCACGUUUCAAUGCUGCCUCCGGCCUCAACCAACAAGAGCCAAAUUUAACUCCAGCAUUUAGAUAUGAUUGAUUUUACUCAACAAAGCAUGCGAAACAAUAUAAACAUGAUGAUCACAUGCAAACUUAAGUGUUUUUUAUGUUCUCUACAUAAUUAUGUGCUUUAUUAACGUGUUUUUGCGUUAGCUCUGUCUAAGCUCAACAUGCUUUUGUUUCGCUACACUUUUACUUCGCUAAACUUUUACUAACACACUGCAUAUUUUCGAUUAAGAAACUUAGAUAUAUCUAAACAUAGAUAUAGUUUAUUAUAAGUAAUAUAACGAGUAUGAAAAUUCCAUUCCUUAUAAUAUCAAGUGCUUUUUGUGUUGCAAUCGUUUUGCACAGUUACAGCUGCACAAAUAUGGACCAUUUCAUCGGCACGCGCGCCUGACCCCAGUUAACUUCCGGUUUGUGUUUGGCUAGUGUCUAAUAAUAAAACUAUUGAUAUUUUAUUUAAUUUGUAUUAUUUUACUGUAUAAUAAUUGUAUUAAAUAAACUAUUUGUUGAAUUUAUUUGUGUGUUCAUUUUAAUAAAUACAUUUUUUUUGAAUGGGUCCUGUAGUUUUGACGCAUUUAAAGAAACCAUGUGGUACACUGACAUCUAGCGGCUGAGCUUGGUAUCAGAGUCUUAAUUCAAAAUAUCGGAGACACAAGUUUAGCCAAGUAACGCUUCUUCUCGGUUUCUUUUGAUUGUUAUCAGAAAUAAUCUGCAGGCACACUAUUGUUUGUGAAUGUGUGCCGGAAGUUCAGUUGGGGUCACAAACAAACGUUACUGCGCAAUCGCACUUUUAUGUUGUUAAGAUGAAACCGUCUAUAUUAUUUUUGUUUUAUUUAGACUCCGCUGGGCAGAGGUGUAUAGUACUUGAGUAUUUUACUCAGGGGUGCCCAAACUCAGUCCUCAGGCCGGUGUCCUCCAGAGUUUCUCUUCAGCCCUAAUCAAACAAAUCAAACACACCUGCAUGUAGCUUCCCUGAUAGCAAGAGAGCGAUGAAAACUAUUGAAUCAAUGUUAAAAACUGUUGAUCCUCAAUGUGUUGUUGUCAGCCACCAUUAUUGUGAUCAGUGUUUGCUUUAGUUGAGUUCUUGACUCUCGUGUUUUAAUGUCAAGUUUUCAUUGUCUGCUGUAACAGAGCUGAAAUAUGUUUGUUGAGGUAAUGAGAAACAAGAUCCAUUAGAAUCAGCUGAAGGUGGAUGUUGUUGUGAGGUUAUAUAUAUACUGUAGCUCAUGAGAGUGAUGUUUUAUUAGUGUUUUAAGUUUCUGUGAUACUUCUGUGUGAUUAAAGCAGUGGUGAGGUGUCAGACUUUUAUUCAUUUACAGGAAAUAUUCCUUACAUUUGUUUGUUGCUGACUCAAUUAGACACGAGGAAUCAGUGUAUGAAGCUCAGCAAUGGUGACAAUCAACAAAAUAAAACUUCAUGCUGCAAUGCAUGCUG